AUAGGAUUCGCGCCAUUUCACGCGCUUGUGUUAAUAACAGGACGGAACAAAAACAUCCAAAUAUUCCUAACGAGCUACAAAAACUAUACUAAACUCGCCCCGGAAAAUUUACUUAGUAUUUUCGUGAAAGCUAGUUUGGUUCUAUAUCUCAAUGUACCGUGUAGCUGACGACAAUAUUUUACCACAGCCAGAAAGCAGAGCUCCAAGUGUUGUAAAUGAAGACGAGGGUGAUGGGAGAAACCGUGAGAUUUUCUUGAGUGUACUUUUAAAGCAAGGCAAUAUAGGAUUGAGUUACUAUGACAGUCGUGAUUAUACAUUGCAUUACAUGCCGGACACGGUGGAAAACAGCGACCUCCACCUGCUGGAUAGAGUCAUACAGGAGCUGAGUCCAACAGUCAUAAUAUCAAGUGCCAAACAAGAGCAAUGCUUGGCCCGGUUUUUGGAAAAGCUUGAAUCAAAUUGUGAUGAUUACAAGCCUGAAAUUGUCAUUUUUCCAAGUGCAAACUUUGGCGUGGAGGUCAGCAAACAGCGACUCAUUUCAGCACACCUCCCGCUUCUCACUUCUACCAUCACAGAGAGCGAGAAAAUCCUAUAUAUCUCCUCCUGUAUCCCAUUAGACUCGGGGCUAAUGGUGCGGUCAAUAGGAGGAUUGCUUAAGUGUGUGGAGAAAAGGAGAAUCGGCUUAGAGCUGGAGGACAACGAUGUGUGCAUCCCAAUAUUACAGUUUCUAACUUACACACUGAAAGAUGUUGUGUACAUUGACAGAGACACUUACAGUGCACUCCAGAUCUUUAAAUCUGAGCUACAUCCUUCAGUUUUAAAGCUUCAGUCGGGAGUGAAAGAGGGAUUGAGCCUUUAUGGCAUUCUGAAUCAAUGUCGGAGCAAAUAUGGCUCUCUGCUUUUACGCCAGUGGCUUCACAGACCUACUCGAGAUCUGAACAUCCUGAAAAGACGUCAGGAAGUGAUCCAUUUCUUCACAUCCCCUCGUAACUUUGCUGAUCUCUGCACAUUUCAGAGUUGUCUGCGCAGUAUCAAAAACAUCUCGAUGCUGCUGCAUAAAAUGUCCCUCUGUAACCCGAAGGUUGCAGUUUGGCAAAGCCUAUACAAGACUGUGUACAGUGCAGUAUGCAUUCGAGACACCAUUCGCUCCCUGCCGCAAUCCAUCCAGCUUUUCAGAGAAAUCAGCGAAAACUUCACUGAUGAUCUUUUCUACAUCGCCACAUACAUCAGUAAAGUGGUGGACUUUGAGGGAAGCAUAUCUGAGAAUCGAUUCACUGUCCGGCCGAAUGUCGACCCUGUCAUCGAUGAGAAGAAAAGAAGGAUGAUGGGUCUGCCAGAUUUCCUGACAGACGUGGCUCGUGCUGAGCUGGAAAACCUGGAUCCUCGUUUCUCCACCUGCAGUGUCAUCUACAUGCCUCUGAUUGGAUUUUUACUGACUGUGCCAAGAUUACCCACUAUGCUGGAUAAACAGAGCUUUGAGAUUGCUGGUCUUGAUUUUAUUUUUCUGUCAAAGGACCAACUGCAUUAUCGCAGCACUCGGACCAAAGAGCUGGACAGCAUGCUGGGAGACCUGCAUUGUGACAUCCUAGAUUUGGAGAUGGCGGUAAUGAGGAAACUUCAAGCCUCAGUGCUUCAGCGGAGUGACUGUAUGUAUAAGGUCAUGUCUCUGUGUGCAGAGCUGGACUGUCUCAUUGCUCUCGCUCAGGCCUCUCGGGAACACGGCUACUGCUGUCCAACGCUGACAACAGAGCACAGACUGGCCCUUAUCGAGUCUCGGCAUCCUUUGCUGGAGUUGUGCACUUCGGUAUUUGUGUCAAACACCUACAUCAGCUCUGAAACUGAAGGCAAAGUGAAAGUUAUCACAGGGCCAAAUUCCUCCGGCAAGAGCAUCUUUCUGAAACAGGUGGGUUUGAUUGUGUUCAUGGCACUGAUCGGCUCAAACGUACCUGCUAAAGAAGCGGAGAUUGGACUGGUUGAUGGUAUCUUCACCCGCAUGCAUAGUCGUGAGUCUAUAUCAGUGGGUCUGAGCACCUUCAUGAUAGACGUGAACCAGAUGGCUCAUUCAUUGAAUCACAGCACUGAGAACUCCCUUGUUCUGGUGGAUGAAUUUGGCAAAGGAACCAACACUGUGGAUGGGUUGUCUCUCCUGGUCUCAUGUCUCAGUCACUGGUUGCGUCGUGGACUGCAGUGUCCUCAUUUGCUUAUGUCCACAUGCUUCCACAGCCUCAUCCAGCUGGGAUUGAUCCCUGAGUCUUCACUCCUGGCUCUACUGACUCUAGAGACAGCAAUAGAGGGAGACGAGCUGGUGUUUUUGUACCAAGUGAAAAAUGGCAUCUGUCAGUCCAGUUGUGCAGCUAAUAUCGCCACUCUGGCUGGUAUUCCUGACGAUCUGGUCAGGAGAGGAGUGGAGGUAUCAGAUUUAUACAGAACAGGAAGAACCAUCAGAAAGAUGGAGAGGCCAUCUGCGGAUGAACAGAACAACAGGUGUGCUGAGAUUGUGGAGAAAUUCCUCAGCAUUGAUCUGGAUGACCCUGAGCUGGAUCCAGAUUUGCUUUUGAAAGACCAGAUGCUUCCUGCUCUUGAAGAGGUGUUGUGAUUUAUUCAAGAUUUGACUCAGGGUACACUCUGUAAAGACAAAUACACAGUUUUAUUCCAAAGAUUUAGAAGACUGAUGUUCAAGAACACAACAUAUUAUA